UAUCACUUGACAGGUCGAUUUAAUAUCACUUUUCUGCCAAUUUUGCUAAAAGUAUGGCUGAUCACACUGAUCUACCGUAUCGAGCUGAAUAUGCUAAAAGUAACCGUGCCUCUUGUAAAGGCUGUAAGGGCCUGAUAAGCAAAGAUACGCUGCGUUUGGCCCUGAUGGUUCAGUCGCCCAUGUUUGAUGGAAAGAUACCAAACUGGUUCCACUUCACAUGUUUCUGGAGACGAGCAAAACCAACUAAUCCAGCUGAUUUCCAUGGAUUUGAUGCUCUGAGAUGGGAUGACCAAAAAAAGAUCAAGGAAAACAUAAAUGGUGGAGGAGGUUCAAGCAAAAAGUCGGCAUCUGGUGGUGGAGACGCUGCUUCUAGCCAAAAUUACAAGGAUUACAGUACAGAAUAUGCCAAGUCGGCUAAGUCCAAAUGUAGAGGCUGCCAAGACUUCAUCCCGAAGGAAGCUGUUCGAAUUGCAAAGAAAGAUUAUGAAAGUGAUAGAGCAAAGAUGUAUGGUCCAAUGGACUCUUGGUAUCAUGUUGAUUGCUUUCUCAGUGACCGUGAUGAGCUUGAAUUUGGAAAGGAAAUGGACAUCACGAAAAUUGGUGGAUUUGCCCAUUUGAGGAAAGUGGACAAAGAUGACUUGAGUGUUAAAUUUGGAAAACCAGUUCCAUCAAAGAAGAGGAAAAACGAAGAGACAAAUGGCUCUGCUGGAAAGAAAAAGAAAGAGGAAUCAGAAGAGGAAAAAGCUUUAGAGAAACAAAGCAAAGAUUACUGGAAGAUCCGGGAUGCAUUGCAUAGAGAGGUUUCUAAUGAUGCUCUGAAAGGCUUGCUGGAAUAUAACAGCCAAGGACUUGCAUCUGGGGAGAGUAAGCUUCUUGAUCGAGUAGCAGACAAUAUGUUGUUUGGUGCCUUGGAGCCAUGCAGUGAAUGCAAAGAUGGUCAACUUGUCUACAGUUCAAGUGCUAACUCCUACGUCUGCACUGGUGAUGCUACUGCCUUCACCAAGUGUAUGUACAGGACCAAGAAGCCAAAAAGGAAAGGAUUCCGCGUGCCAGAAGAAUAUAAAGAUGUAGAAUACUUGAAAAAAUACAAAUAUGUGAAAAGGGAACGUGUUUUUCCGAAGGAUCAAGAAGCUACUACCUCGUCUGGUAUUGUUAGUUCAGCUGCUGAUGGAGCAUCCGCAGCACGUCCAGAUAAACCACUACAUGGUUUGAAGUUUGCUAUUGUUGGUAAAACGAACAAAACAAAGGCAGAGAUCACAUCAGUAUUGGAUGGACUUGGUGCUAGUGUUGUUGGAGGAAAAAUCAACCAGAAGAUUGCUGCAGUCAUCAGCACUAAAGAGGAAAUUGAGAAGAUGAGUAAGAAGAUAAAGGAAGCUGAGGAUGCAGACGUACAGGUUGUUGACGAAGGCUUCCUUGAUGCUGUCAAGAGGGGUGGUGCUGCACUCAUGAUCACACAACACAAUAUCUCCUCCUGGGGUUCUGAUCCUGAGGCAAGGAUAGGAGACGCUCUCAAUGCUGCCAUGACAAAGAGUGUUGGAAAGAGUGGUUCGGGGAAAGCGCAAGGAAGGGAGAAUACUCAUUACACCAAGAGUAUGCCGUCUACAAUGAAGAUGACUGUAAAAGGUGGCGCAGCUGUCGAUCCAGAAUCAGGUUUGGAUCACUCUGCCCAUGUGUUAUCAGAAAAAGGCGAUUUGUACACCGCAGUCCUUGGCAUGGUCGACCUAGUCAGGGGAACCAACUCCUACUACAAGCUUCAACUACUGGAAUCCGACACCCAUAAAAAAUACUAUGUAUAUCGAGGUUGGGGCAGAGUUGGCACAACCAUUGGUGGUAACAAAAAAGAAAACUUUGCAGCAAAGGCGAGUGCCAUGCAGCAUUUCAAGUCAAUUUACCUGGAAAAAACUGGGAAUGAGUGGGCCAAUAGGAAAGACUUCGAGAAGAUCCCAAACAAGUUCUAUCCUCUUGAGAUUGACUAUGGUCAGGAUGAGCCAAAGUUGCAGAAUCUGGCUGGUGCAGGUGGAAACUCUAAACUCCAAAAGGAGAUCCAGGAUUUCAUCAAGAUGAUCUUUGACAUCGAUUCAAUGAAGAAAGCCAUGUUAGAAUUUGAGAUUGAUCUGAAGAAGAUGCCAUUGGGAAAGUUGUCCAAAAAUCAGAUGGAGAAGGCGUAUAAAGUGCUGACAGAAUUAAAUAACUUGGUCGAUUCUGGUGGUACCACAACCCAGUUCCUGGAUGCGUCCAACAGAUUCUACACGUUGAUACCACAUGACUUUGGCAUGAAGAAGCCCCCAUUGCUUGACACAAAGGAAGUCAUAAAGGCCAAGAUUGAAAUGGUUGACAACCUCCUAGAAAUCGAGGUCGCCUACAAUCUGCUCAAGGCUGGCAGUGAGGGUGGUAAGGACCCCAUUGAUGUGCAUUAUGAACAGCUGAAGACGGACAUGAAGGUCCUAGACAAGAAGUCGGAUGAAUUCAAACGUAUUUGUGAUUAUGUUAAGAAUACCCAUGGUUCCACACACACAAUGUAUGAUCUGAAAGUUGAAGAGGUGUUCAAUGUCGCCAGGGAAGGAGAGAAAUCUCGCUUCAAGCCUUUCAGACAAUUACACAAUCGUCAGCUGCUAUGGCACGGUUCCAGGACUAUGAAUUUUGCUGGUAUCUUAUCUCAAGGUCUGAGGAUUGCCCCACCUGAGGCACCUGUGACUGGUUACAUGUUUGGUAAAGGUGUCUACUUUGCCGACAUGGUGUCCAAGAGUGCUAACUACUGUCGAACAUCCAAGACGGACAACACUGGUGUCAUGUUGCUCUGUGAAGUGGCUUUGGGAAACAUGCAUGAACUAAAAAAUUCCAGCUUUAUCACCACUUUACCCAAAGGAAAGCACAGUUGCAAAGGUGUUGGUAUGACUUGUCCUGACCCAGCUGGAAACUACACUGAUCCAAAUGGAAUGCUGUGGCCAAUGGGUGAGGGUACUGACAGUGAUGUCCACAACUCCAGCCUCCUGUACAAUGAAUUCAUUGUGUAUGAUACAGCUCAGAUCAACAUCAAAUACCUGCUCAAAAUGAAAUUCAAUUUCAAAUAUUGAGGUUGGCAGUAACCGCUUUCGAAUACUAUUUGCAUGUUCAGAUAGUUCAGCAUUGCUAUGCACUACACUGUAGGAUGUGAACCUGAUCACAGGCAAGGAUUGAUUUAGAAUUUGUUAUUGUCUCACUAUGUUGUAAAAGUUUUCAAGGGAAUGUCCAGAUACAUCAGCAGUGUUCAUUUUAUAAUGUUUCAGCGAUACCUUAUUUACCAGUUAGCUGACAGUUAACUGUCGUUCCAUUCUACUGACCAUUUACAAGUUCUGUUACAUGUAUAUGUAGUUUAGUUGUUGUAUUAACAUUCCUUUACAUACAUGUAGGAUGACUUGGUAGGCAUGGUUUUUACACCAUUGUCUGUAAACCAGUUGACCCCGGUGAUUGCAGAAUACAAGUACCGGUACUUGAUUGACUGGGUUGGUGAAUGUUAAGAAUGUUAAAUACAGACUUGUAAUAGUUAUACAUUAUACAUAGCCAUUUGUAUCGAGAGUAAUGCAUGAUAAACAUGUACAGUGCAUGUUAUGUAUUGUUUUUCUGAGUGAUCAAAUAAAUGUAUA